GGUGGGUCUCGGAGUUGACUAAUGAGAAUUGAUUACUUGCUGCUACGAUUGGUGCUCUCCACCGAUGCGAUAAAAGAAUUUAUGUUCUCCGCAUCCAUGAUGGCCUUUUUCUUUCCCUUCCUUCGCCAACGGUUUGCUCCCGGGUAGUGCUCUACGGCUUCUUGUAUAGUCGAGAUUACACCAUGCAGUUCACCACCUCGCGAGGGUCUGUAUGGGGCCACAAAUGGCGGUCUUCGCCGUUCUUCAUUGUCAGUGCCAUGGCAAUGGCGCUGUUCACUGAUGUCUUCCUGUAUACCUUCAUUGUACCGAUCCUCCCUUACAUCCUAGAAAACCGUCUCGGUCUCGAUGUGUCCCUGACCCAGCGCAUGAGUUUUGCACUGCUAGCGUUGAGUGCGGUCGCAUCACUCGUCUGUAGCCCUUUCAUCGGCCACUAUGCGGAUAAGAUGUCUUCGAAGAAGAUCUUGCUGCUCGGCUCAUUGGCCGCGGCAUUAUUCUCUACGGUUAUUUUGGCCAUGGCGACUUCAACUUUCACCUUGUUCUUCGGUCGUUUCAUACAAGCAAUUGCGAGUGCGUUCAUCUGGACAGUAGGAUACGCGACGAUCGCGGACAAUGUUAAACAGGAACAUCUGGGCAAGACUUACGGGAUGAUCUCCCUUGUCGUGGCUGUGGGAACCUCCGGAGGACCCAUGGCGGCUGGCAUCCUGUUCGAAAUGGGCGGAUACUGGCUGGCAUGGUCCAGUGCCUUUGCCAUAAUCGUGGUGGAUAUUGUGCUCCGCGCGUUGAUGAUCGAGCGACCGAGGUCCCAACCAGGUACGCCGCGUGGCGACGAUGAGGAUCCCGAGAAUGAUCCCCUUCUCCCGGACAAUAUCAGCCUUGUUGAGGAAAAGAAGGGGUGGCACUUUUACACAUAUCUCUUCCGACACCGGCAAUUCGUCUGCGGUGCUAUGAGUUAUCUUGUCUUCGCUAUCUUAAUCUCCAGCUUUGAUACCACCAUCCCUCUUCAUGUUCGGGACGCAUUCGACUGGGGUAGUAUGGAGUCAGGGUUACUGUUCGCCGCUCUUCAAGGUCCCGGAAUCAUUAUGAGCCCGCUCUGUGGCUGGUUGAAGGAUCGCUAUGGCACACGGUAUCCAACCGCCGCAGGCUUCGCCAUCCUGACGCCCAUAAUGUGGGUGCUGGGCAUGCCCGGCGACGAUCGAUUCCCUGGCGUGAACGGUGGCAAGACCGGACAAAUCGUCUACGCCGUCUGCGUGACUGCAGUGGGCACUUUCUCGUGUUUACUCAAUGGUGCAGGAACUAUUGAAGCUACAGUCACGGUCGACGAAAUUGAAGCCAGACAUCCCGGCAUCUUUGGCCCGAAUGGCGGGUACUCGCGAGCGCUAUCUGUUUCGAGCAUGAGCUGGACUGCGGGAGCAUUCAUCGGCCCUAUCUUGUCCGGAUAUCUCACCGAACAAAUCGGCUACUAUGAAAUGAAUUGCGUUAUCGCGGUUCUGUGCGCCCUGUCCACCGUGAACGCUCUCUGGAACCUCAAGUCCAAGACCCGGGCUAGUAGCCAAGGUCAACCUGACGAUCGUAAUUAAUUGAUGAAAAAGUACCAUAGCAUCUGAACGAAAUACCACAGGUGCGCUAAUAGACGCAUAUAAUGAUGCGAUAGAAACUGAUGAGAAGACGAUUUCUGGGGGAAAAAAAAGUGACUUCUUAACUACUGUUUGGGUUUCUCAGGGCUUCGGAAUUGUAAUGACGACGGUGAUGAUCUAUGAGCAAGCGGUUCACUGAAACAUUGUCUCUUUAUUUUCCUGUCUGUUUUUUCUCGGUCUUUUUGGCGGUUAUGAUUUUCUUCCUGAGAUAGGUGUUCUCCAGCUCCGCCG